AUGAAGCUGAAGCUUUGCAUGGAGGUGUCCUGGGCGCAAUCUUCCGCAAACUACAGCGUGUUGGCGAUUGCAGCAAUUCUUUACACGCAGCGCAGCGCGGAGGUCGCUUACAAAGUACACAGCACCGUGGAGUCCGUUGUCCUUCCCAGCGACAGCGUCAUGCAGAAUACGGAUGAAGUUUAUGACUGGCUCAAAAAAUUGCUGACGGAAGUGUGGAAGGACCCCGUCUGCGGUGAUGGCCUUUGCGAGGCGCCUUUUGAGUUCGCGUCUUACAGUCGCUUCGGCUGCCGUGCGGAUUGCGGCAAACUGAACGAGGUGCAGAACCUGACCACCAUCCAGCUCGACGUAUACUACGACUUCUCACACCCCGUUGGCAGCAUUCCCGCCUCGGACCUCAUGCAACAAGCUUCAUGGAACCUGUGCCCAGUUUCGACACCGUACAGUAGCGACUGCUACUAUGACUCCGACAUUAACUUUGAGCGCCUCUCCGGCGAGCAGCACUUCACAUUGGACGACGCGCCCGAUGGGGAGUGGAACCUGGUGGUGAAGCGCGACAUUUUCAACAAGAUCCGCGGUGCCGUGCGUGACGCGACGCUGGUCAAAAUAGCAGGCUACUAUUACAAGAUAUAUGUCGCGAUCGCCGCUGCGGCGUCAGAGCAGGCGUUUGAGAAGACCUUGCUUCAGCAAGCGGCGAGCUUUUCUUCAAUGGACUUUUGGACAUACGCCAACUCGUCCAUCCGCGCCGGCUACCCGAAUGAAACCGAGUACCUGGCUGCGUAUACCUGGGUGCGCAACGCCACGUGCACCUGUAGCACUGUUGACAACAACGGCACCGCGUUUGGUGAAACCAACAUGACCCUGUUCCUGAACCAGUCCGUGUCAGCGACCGACGCUAACAAGCCAUUCAACUUGACGUACUCUGAAUACAUUGCGAACCCGUACUACUGCCCAAGCAGCAGCGCCAUCCAGCCUUACAUCUGGAAGACCUACAAUGACUCCGCCGGCAACUGGACCCGGACGUUGAUGCCCGUUAACACCACCAAUGGCACCGCCUAUCGCGACUGGUGCGCCGGCGGCCUGGCCCUGUCACUCACCUGGCGCACCAACAUGACCAACACAGUGCAGCGCCUGCUUAUAGACCGCCGCCUGGGCGAUCAAAAGACAACCGGCAAGAUUGCAAUGCGGAACAACGUCUCUGCCUCGCUACGCACCGACAUAAUUGCCAAUUACCCGGAGCUGUUUGGCCCGGUGUUCUCCGAUCCGUCUGGUACAGUCGCGCUUCAGGAUCCCAUUUCCGCGCGCUUGGACUACCUGAUGCCGCUGUACGUGGACGGCACGAUUUCGCCGCAAGCCGCCAGCCUUAACAUGACGCGGCGAUUCGUGUACGGCAGCAAUGUGCACCUGCUGGACCUCGGGCCGCGCGCAUUGGCUCGCAUGCAAGAGGUGGACACGAUCCAGGCGCAAGUCCUGGGCUUCCCCAUCCCCGCGCCGCGUGCCAGGUACAGCGGGACCGACAAGAACUACACGUUCUCAAACCUAACCGUUGGAGACGUGUGGAGCACGUUCAUCCUUGCGGCCGCGAACACUACCCGCGUGCCCCCGCCCACGAGUGAUGCCUUGGGCAGCAUGUCCGUCAAGUACAACUUGGUCGCCUGGGCUGGUAACACGACCGCCUACAUGCGCUGCGACUUGAAGACGCGUGCGCCAGCGUACAUUGGCUUGUGCGUGGCCAUGAACAAUACCUGCGUCGCGACCGUGAAUGACACGGUGCCGUACAACUGCGAGGACGUGGCGACCGGCGCGGCCAUACCCGGCAGCCUCGCCAACCAGACGUACCGCUUGAAUUGCGAGGUGCCUUGCGACCGCCGCUUCGACUGCAACACCAUAUGCGAGUGUUUCAGCACGUGCCUGCCCACCGAGUACUGCGAGUGUGAAGCCUGCAAAGCGCUGCAAAGAGACGCCACCAGCGAUAAUCAGUUUGUGGACAUCAGGUCCCUCGUUACUGGCCAGGCCGCCGCGGCCGUCACCAUUGCGAGUCUGGGUGACGUAUCCAGUUCCAGCCGCCGCUCCAUGCAAGCCAGCGGGCGACAGCUUCAGCAGACCAACAGCUCCGCGGAUAUUCAGGCCACUCUAAACAAUGUACUGAGCCAAGUGGGCACGGUGGCCACCACGCAGGCCACCAUCUCGCAGCAGAUGGACGCCCUCAAGGUGCAGGUGGACCGCGCCAACGCGAUUGCGGAGGCGCGCGCCAAGGACGACACGGUGCUCAACGCGAUCAACGCUGGCCGCACGGAGAUUGCUGCGGGCCAGGCAGCGGUGGAAAAGAAGCUAGAUGAGAUCCUGGGCAAGCAGCAGGAAGCGCUGCUGGCGGCGCAGAGUGCCGCGGCGGCUCUCUCCGCCAUCAAGGGUCUUGCGGAGCGCCAGGCUGCCGCACAGGCCAAUCUGGAGCAGGCGGUAAACAGCCAGCUCAGUGCCAUCAAGGUCGCAACAUACCGCGAAAUCAUCAGCCUGACACAGGCGCUGGCGCUGUGGAAACGCGCACGGCGGGACAGGGCUCUCACUCUCAAGGCGGCCCAGCUUGCCAACACGCCCUGCAACAGCGCCCCCACGGCGUCCAAUACCUUCAAGCUGGAUAACCAAAACGAGGUGGACACCACCACCUCACGAGAGCGCAACGUGGGGCUCACCAACAGGGUCAUAUCGGGUCUGCUCCUGCACCAGACUCGCACCAACGUGACGGAGUGUCCCAAGUCAAAAUUCGACAAGAUCCAAAAGACGUGCACGGGGCCGCAAACCAUCGCGUCGUUCGGCGUGGAUCCGGUGUUUAAGCGUGGUACGACCUCGUACAACCCUGAUUUUGAUGACGUCAAUGACGCAAAGGUCUUGGAGGUUUACAACUGCACCAAACUGUCUGCGCCCACCUACGACAUCACCUUCCUCAACCAAACCACCAACCUGAAGCCUUAUUGCGCCGAGCUGUACAACCCACAGAAGCUACCGUACGCUUUCCAUUUCUUCCCGCUUGAGGGCAAGGAGGACGGCUUCCCCAUCUAUUUCGACAUCAACUUAUCUCAGCAGGGCGCGCAGGCCUGGUACACGUACAUCAACGAGGGGCUGUAUUUGGAUCAGAACACUCGGCAGAUGACCGCCGAGCUGGUUACCUACAACGCCCAGCUGCGGAUCUUCUCCUACUAUUUCAUCCGGUUCUUCUUCUCGGAUGGCGGCUCCAUCAAGAUCACACACCGGCUCAACACGGUGCGCGUGGAGCUUUACAACAGCUACUCUGACGAUGUGCGAUUCGCCUUUGAGAUCAUCCUGUCCAUGAUCAUUUUUGGGAUGCUGAUAUACAACCUGUUCCAAAUUGGCUACACGCAAGUGACGCGCGGCAACUUCCUAAAGUACUUUUUGUCGGGUUGGCACUGGGUGGAGUUUGCCAGCAAUGGGCUGUUGACGGCGUGUAUGAUUAUCUGGUGGGUAUUCAAGGAGGAGUACGCCAAGACCUUCAACAUCAUGCUCAGGUACGACGUAUACAACAGCCUCUCCCCUAGCGCCAAUUUCCUGGCACUUAACGCCAACGGGACCCAGCUGAUUGCGGCCAAUGCGGCCUUCUCCGACCUAAGGGAGCUGGUGGACAUGCUCAACUGGUACUUUGCCCUCAACGGCAUAAACAUCCUGCUGCUCAUUGCACGUGUGCUAAAGCUGAUGGACUUCCAACCGCGUCUGGGUGUGGUGACCCGCUCGCUGUGGCUGGCGGGGCCCGACCUCGUGCACUUCGCCAUCGUUGCCGGCAUGGUCUUUGUGGGCUAUGCCAUGAUGGCGCACCUCAUCUUUGGCAAUGCUAUCGUGGCCUUCGCUACCUUUGGCGACAGCAUCAACACUUGCUUCGAGAUCCUGCUGGGUAACAUCGACGUGAACGACGACCUGCGGGCGCUGGGAGGGCUGCAGAGCGUUGCAGCCGUGCGCCUACGCGGCCGUGACUGUCGCCGGCUGACGCGGUUGUUAAUGGCGAUGCCCAUCCUGCCCAUGUCGCCAGGUGCUCUGUUUUUCUGGAGCUACGAGCUGUUGGUGUUCAUGGUGUUGCUCAACUUCCUGCUGGCUAUCAUUGUGGACGCAUUCUCGGAGGUUAAGGAGAAGACGCAGGAGACGGUGGGCAUCCACACAGAGCUCUUCACGCUUCUGCGGGACAAGUGGCGCAGCAUGAUGGGCCGCUGCUCGUCCAAUUACAUCUCGGACGCCAAGCUUGGUGACCUGUUGCGCCAGUGGGCGGGUGAGGAGGACACCGACCGGGACGACAAGGCAACCCUGGCCGACAAGCGCAAGCUGCUCACGAUCCUGAACGAGGACAUGGACGAGGAGACGCUGCUGGAGAUCUUCAAGGAGUGCCUCAGGGACGCGCCCGACACCACCGACAGGUCCAAGGUCGCGUCGCGCAGUCUUUUGUCUCGGAUGUUCCCGCGCCGCAAAGUGGGUGUGGAGGCAACCGAGGAGGAGCUCGCGCAGGCGGCACACUACAUUGUGGACCGCUUCGGCAUGGUGCCGGAUGAUGAUGAUGAUGACGAUGACAGCGACGAUGGGCGGCAGGAUUCGCCUCCACUGCCCCCAGCGGCUCCCGCCGCCGCCGUUGGGGCUCUGGGCCCAAGCCGCGAGGCAGUUUUGGAGAAGGAGCGCGACCAGUUGGCUCAGGCGUUGGAGCGUCUGGCUGAGGUGCAGCGCGAGCUGGCGGAGGGGCAGCGCAACCUGAUGAACGGCCAGAAGCAGCUGUCGGAGCAGCAGUCCAAGCUGGUCCAGCUCAUGAACGAGCAGCCGCCGGCGGGCAACUAG